UUCCGGCCACAUGACGUAAUUUCCGGAGCGACUCGACGGCAUGUCACGUGACACGAAUGCGACAGACCUUUAUUUCCAUGGCGACGGGCUUAUUACUUUUUAAAGUAUUUAUUUAGGAACUCAGAACGUGUAAACACAAUUGCCUGUAGGUGUAAUACAACCCACUGCAUUUUACAUGGGGCUGCGACCAGCCAUCAGUUUUCCUUGGCUUUGUGACCUUAUUCCCUGCCCUUCGGCAAUGGCUCAAGACUUAAUAGAAGAGGAAGGCAUAUUUUUUGAUGAAUUCCACAAACUACGAGCACUCGAACCAGAUGUCAGCCAAAAAACAUCAGACCUUAAGGAAGAGUGCAAAGAAUUUGUUGAAAAAAUAGGACAGUUUCAGGGAAAAGUUGGAUCUCUAAUAGAGCUCGUAGAUCAGUUGGCAAAAGAGGCGGAGAUGGAAAAAUUCAAGGCCAUUGGAGCAAGAAACUUGCUGAAAUUAGUGGCAAAGCAAAGAGAGGCGCUGCAACAGCAGCUUCAAGGUCUCAUUGUGGAGAAGAAGACGCAGCUUGAAAGAUAUCGUGUUGAAUGUGAUGCCUUGUCUAAAAUGGAAUCUGAGCAGAAUGAAUUUAUCAACCAGUUUAUUUUGCAUUGACGAAAGAAGCCAACCAGAACUGCAUUGAGUGAUUCAAAACAUUGGAAAUGCCAUUAAAGUGGAAGAGUGGUAGCAUUAAGGUCCUACCAAUUUCUUUUGAUUUAUGGUAAAAUACAGAACUUAAGAACCUA